AUGGCGGAAAGGGGCAUUAGUACACUUCCCGGUGAGUUGAUCAUCGAGAUUGCACAGUUCCUAGAUCCAGUUGGUGUCAGUCAGUUUUCACAAGCUCGUAAAAGUUUCUACGAGCUUUUACGCGCCCAGAGAAGAAGUGCUACUAGAAAACACUCUUGGUCACCUGAAAGGCAUUACAGUCGAAGAAGGGUGGAUCCAGUAAUAAAACGGCUGCUACCGGAAGAUGAGCACUAUGAUGGGCCGAAUACAGGUCCGAUCCCACAGCUGCUAUUAGCCAUACAUCAAGGGCGUGCUGGCGUACUUCGGGGAUAUCUGGAAGCAGGUGUCGACCCAAACAGGUUCUGGGGGAGAUCGCGGCUGCUGAGCGAGGCUGCCUAUUCUGGCGACAUGGAAUGUGUCAAGGUUCUUCUCGAAUAUGGGGCAAAUCCAGGGCUACCGGACAAGAAAAUACGGGAAGAUGAUUGUCCACGGACAGCGUUAAGUCGGGCUGCAUCUAUGAUAUUUCGACGCCAAUUGAGAUUGAGAGCACUCCCUGGCUUCCAAUAUUCAAUCUUCAACAGUCGUAUAUGGAAGCCGGGGUAUGAUAGAGUAACCCGUCUUAUGAAGGCAGGUGUGAAGAUCACUCAUAUGGGCGAGGUUUUGUGGACACGGUGGCAAGUCAAUUUCUUAGAUGUUCUCAAGCUAGCGGUUGAACAAGGAACCGACCUCUCGAAGUUGACUGUCCCAUCCGGAACUACAGUCUUGCAUAUAGCAAUUUCCUAUGCACAGGAGGGCCAUCCUUUUCGAUUCUUCUACCCAGGAACGAAGAUAUUGUGUCAUAAUGAUUUUGAAAUAGUCGAGUGGAUAAUCACAAAAUAUCCGGAUCUUAUCAACACCAGCAAUGCCCGGGGUGAGACACCAUUCUAUUGGGCGUUUGACAUGAGGCGCUUUGACAUCGCAAGGCUUUUGUUAUUGCGCGGAUUUGAGCUGGGAUUUGCAGAAAUAUACGACUGGUAUCUUGAAAUCACCAUGGGGGAGACGAGUAUUGAAAAAGUCGAACUGUUGCUGGAAAUAAGAGAGCAGCUCAUGCAUUACGACGGCGUGUAUCACCCUGAACAGUUGAGAGAGCAAGGUCGACUAAUGCUAUCAGUAUGA